AUGCGACUGAUGAUCCCUUCCGCCUCGUCUCUGCGCCAGAGUCUUGCCCAGGUAUCGGGAGCAAGACGUGCUGCACCCUUUCCAACGCAGCUCGGCAUCGCACCUCGAGUGUCGACCCGCAACUUUACCUUUUCUGCCAUUCGCAAAGAUGACCAGUCCCGUGCCAAGGCUGAAGGAGUAAAGCAAGUGAUGAACCGACCCGAAAUCACCCCACUCUUCCUCUUCACUGGCGGAAUCAUCGGCCUCGCCCUCUUCUUCGGCGGCCGACACCUGGUCAAAGACAAAGAAUUGAGGGUGGACCACAAGCAGCAGAACCGCCUCGCGACCAAGACGGAACAGCUCGACUUUGACGCCAUGGCCAAAGUCGCCGAUGAUCCCGAAGGCAAGUUGACCAAGGAGGCGAUCGAAGAGGAAAAGAAGAGGUCGCAGAGGAAGGAGGACAUCAAACAGGACAAGCAGGAAAAGGCGGCUGACAAGCUCUAG